UAGUGGCCGCUUUGCCUUUUUUACGCCGGGCAAGAUGGCGGCUGUACUGCCGAGGUGUAGCAGCCGCUCGGCAUGAACAAUUUUUAUUUUAUUUUUUUAUAAAUUGAUAAAAAUCAAUCGGAAAUAUUUGAACACCGGAAUACAAGACGCGUGUACUACUUUUCAUUCCAUGACAUGUAUUGAUAUUUAAUUAUUUCUAUUGUGUUAUCGAAGCAUUUUUUUCAAGACAAAAUGAUUACAUUGUAGUCGCUCGCUAAACCAGUUUAGCCUACCACCGAGUACCACCCCACACAGCAAACGCCGGAGAAAGUGUAGAAUGGGAGAAAAACUAGAACUAAAACUGAAGUCGCCGGUUGGAGCCGAACCUGCUGGCUACCCGUGGCCAUUACCAGUAUACGAUAAACACCACGAUGCUGCUCAUGAAAUCAUUGAGACCAUUCGGUGGGUGUGUGAGGAGAUUCCAGACCUUAAGCUGGCUAUGGAGAACUAUGUCCUUAUUGACUACGACACCAAGAGCUUCGAGAGUAUGCAGAGACUUUGUGACAAAUACAACCGAGCAAUUGACAGCAUCCACCAGCUGUGGAAAGGUACGACCCCUCCCCUGAAGCUGAACAAACGGCCGUCCAAUGGGCUGCUCAGACACAUCCUGCAGCAGGUGUACAACCACUCGGUCACAGACCCAGAGAAGCUCAACAAUUACGAGCCCUUCUCCCCCGAGGUAUACGGAGAGACCUCCUUCGACCUGGUGGCCCAGAUCAUCGACGAGAUGGAGAUGAUGGAGGAUGACACCUUUGUCGACCUCGGCAGCGGAGUGGGACAAGUGGUGCUGCAAGUGGCCGCGGCAACAAACUGUAAACACUACUUUGGUGUGGAGAAGGCAGACAUUCCAGCCACUUACGCUGAGUCCAUGGAUAAAGAAUUUAAGAGGUGGAUGAAGUGGUAUGGGAAGAAACAUGGGGAGUAUACGCUGGAGAGGGGAGAUUUCCUGUCUGAAGAGUGGAAGGAGAGGAUAGCCAGCACAAGCAGUGUUAUUUUUGUGAACAACUUUGCCUUUGGUCCGGAGGUGGAUCACCAGCUGAAGGAGCGCUUCGCAAACAUGAAGGAAGGUGGGAAAAUUGUGUCCUCCAAACCCUUUGCACCUCUAAAUUUUAGAAUCAACAGUCGAAACCUGAGUGACAUUGGCACAAUAAUGAAAGUUGUUGAGCUGUCUCCAUUGAGGGGUUCAGUGUCCUGGACAGGGAAGCCAGUUUCCUACUACCUGCAUACGAUAGACCGCACCAUACUUGAAAACUACUUUCAUAGUCUCAAAAAUCCUAAACUCAGGGAGGAGCAAGAAGCAGCUAGGCGUCGUCAAGACAAAACAAAUAAAGACAGUAAAAGCAACAGUACCACCCCAACCAAGGCGAAGGAGCACAAGGAUUCCUGCGGGGAGGACGAGCGGCCGGGACUGGUGGCAGUGGUGAAGGCGUCGCCUAAACCCCGCCGCGCCAGUCUCCUCAGCAAGGGCCGCAAACUAAGUGCUCGGAAGCGAGGCCGUCCCAAGAAGGCUGCAGUGGCUGCAGCUGAGCGCAAGAGCAAGAAGAGCCAGAGCGCCUUGGAGCUACUGCAUGCCAAGACCCUCUCUGCAGCGCCGUCUCAGGAUGCAUACAGGUCACCUCAGAGUCCCUUCUUUCAGCUACCUCCUAAAGUUCAGCACUAUGCGUCUGGGCAACUGCUCCUGGGCCCCACUCCUCCCGGUCUACAACAGCUGCUGGACAACAUUAAAGUCCAGUACCUCCAGUUUAUGGCCUAUAUGAAGACACCUCAGUACCACAACAACCUUCAGCAAGUCCUGGAACAGGAGAAGCUCAGACACAGAGAGCUCUCAGGGCAGGCUGAACAGCUUCAGACGGUGUGUCAGAGCCACAAAGAGAAGAUCAAAGUCCUCUUUCACACCAAACUAGACGAGCUGGGAGUGAAAGCCCUGACCAUGGAGGACCUGCUCCAAGCCCAGAAGGAGAUCUCAGCCCACAACUGUCAGCUGAAGGAGCAGACCAAGCAGCUAGAGAGGGACAUGGCUGAGCUGAGGGACCACAGCCUGCUCCUGUUAAAGUCUCGGUGUGAAGAGCUGAAGCUGGACUGGAGCUCUCUGUGUCUUGAGAGUCUGUUGAAAGAGAAGCAGGUCCUGCGCAAGCAGAUCUCCGAAAACCAGCGACACUGUCUCGAGCUGCAGAUCAGCAUUGUUGAACUGGAAAAGAGUCAGAGACAGCAGGAGCUGCUUCAGCUGAAGUCUUACAGUCCCUGUGAUGGCUCCCCCUAUCGCAAGGGCCUCCCCGGCUUGGAUGGCCGCCCACCCCUGGACCACGACACCCCCAAACUAGGCCACGGCGUCGGCCUUAACGGCCUCAGCCCUGAGCUGUCCAUCAACGGCACCGUCUCGCCCUUCUUUGACAGAGGGGCCACUAAGGGGGAGCUCCUCUCCCGCUACCUUCCGAUCUCCCCUGACCACGAGAUUGUGCCCCCCACACCAGAUGCACGGCACAGGCAGUUGGGUCACCCCCUACCUGACUACACCCGCUUUUCCCCGGCCAAGAUCGCCCUGCGCAGACACCUGAACCAGGACUCCAGUACCCCGCACUUCAGAGGCCUGGGCUUCACCGGUCUCAGGGGGGAGACGGGUGCAGUCAUCUCUCCACUAGGUGCUAAACUCAGCUGUCCCUCUCCCAACUCGUCUGACAGUCAACAAAACAACAUCCCCAAGAAUGCAGAGAGGGGGGGUAAGGAGAAGAGUCCAGUGGGUGGUCAGGGUGACACCAUCACCAGCCUGCCCAUCAGCAUCCCCCUCAGCACGGUGCACCCCAGCAAGCUCCCGGUCAGCAUCCCCCUGGCCAGUGUGGUGCUGCCGAGCCGCGCGGAGAGACUGAGAAGCACACCGAGUCCUGUGUCUCAGACGGGCCAGACCAAUGGGUACUCCUCCGGCUCAGGACUGAUGAAUGGAGGCUGUCACUCUGAGGACCACGACGAUGCUGCCUCCUCCCCCCUCCUUCACAGUGCCCCUCCUAUGGGGCCGACGCGAGGCCACAGCCCCCCUCUCAGCACCGGAGGUGUCCUCCAGUACGCCGACGGUCCUCCGAGAAUCCUCCCUGAGGAGGGGGCUGAGAGGCAGGGUGAGUCCGACUCGGAGCCCCAGGACGGCGAGUCAAGGCGGCGUAUGUUCUUCUCUUCCUCCUCAUCCUCCUCGUCUUCGUCGUCCUCUGGCGGCGCCGGGUCCCGUCUCCACCUUGGGUCUGCUAGGCAGGGCACACAUCACCAUAGCAACCACCACCACUCUCCACUGUCCCAGCUCACGCAGACACACGGCCACGGAUCUCACGAGGGCCGCAAGCGCGGGAGGAGGAAGCGCAGCUCCACGGGGGCUCAGCCUGGCAGCGGAUCCCCUAAAAGGAGGUCAUUUCCUGGGCUCGGCUCCACCAGUCACCCCUCAGGAUCACCACUCAACAUUAACUCAAUGGUGAACAACAUUAACCAGCCUCUGGAGAUAGCUGCCAUCUCUUCCCCGGAGCAGUCUGGCUGUAGCCCGUGUGGAGCAGAUAUGGACCAGCCCCCGGUGCUGAAGAGGGAACGCCCUUUGGAGAUGAAUGGCUCAGGACGCUACUCCUCUGCACCCAGCUCUGAUGAUGACUCCGGGCAUCCUGCUGACAGCUCCAGCUCAAGAAUUGAAAGGAAGAUUGCCACCAUUUCCUUGGAGAGCAGGGAUGGACCAGGGAAAUCAGGGGACAGUGAGUGGGGAAGAAAAUCCGGAGGCAGCAGUGGUAACAGCACAGGUAGUGAGGUCUCCUCUUCCUCAUCUUCGUCAUCCAACAGCAAGUGGAAGUCUACCUUUUCCCCCAUCUCUGACCCCAAGCAGCCCCAGUCUGAGCUGAGGCAGGGGGGCUCCCCCUUCGGCAUGGGGCGAGAGCCACGGGGCACAGGUACGGACUCAGACUAUGAUCACAAACAGCAGCAGAGGAGGGGGUGCGAUGGGGGUGGGGGUGAGUCCUUAGGGUCUCAGUACGUCCCCCCUAACCCCUUCCUUAGCCAGGAGUCCGGUGGCCGUUCGGGGGCAGCCGCCCAGGGAGGUAGCGGCUCUGAGAGGCAGGCCACGCCCAAACAGAAACCCAGGGGGGAGUGGGAGCUGAAGACCUCCAGCGGCAUGAGCAGCAGCCAGAACCUCUUCAUAUCUGCUGCCAGCGGUGGCAUCCUGACUGGGAAGGUGGGAGGAGGCCCUGUGGCCGUCUCCUCAGCCGCAGGAGCUUCUGUUGGACAGUACCUAGGGGCCCAGUUCCCCCUUGGGGGCGCCUCUGUCCUCCAGUCGCUGUUCGGGGCCCAGGCGCCCGUCACCUCGGUGAAUGGGGCCUCGCGUCUGGUUAACGGACACGCCACCCUGGGGAGCUUCUCCAGUGCUGGUCUUGCCGGUGGAGCAGCUGGAGGUAACUGAAGAAUAUCUACCUCAACCCGAUGUAACCUAUGCAAAUGGACAGGUGUGGACCAAAUGGAUUCGGUGCUCCAAAGCCUGUGAAACCACAACUCUGUACUGGGAAUCGACACACAGAGCUGAGCGCACACAUGUACGCGUAACGCACACCGCAUUCGGCCACUCACUUCCACGGCAUGGCAUCCUGAGCAGAGCUGAGCGUUCAUGGUAGCGUUUGUGUCGUGGGUUGAGGCCGACUUGUAGUAGGUUAUGUAUCCCGUCCUGAAUGAAUCUGUAUGCCGCCUGCUCUUUGACCUGAUAGAAACACAUGACAUGCACUGUUCCCCCAGCAAAUGGUUGAAGAGGUACAUCACUGUCACCAUGUAACCUGGUGCUAGUCCAACCUGUUAAAUACAGACAAGAAAAUGUUUUAAGACUUAAUUCCCACAUUUGACCCGAGAUGAAAGCACAGUUUUCCAUUUCACUGAUGCCUCCGUGUUGUGCUGGUAAAGGCAGAUGGUAAGUUGUGGGAGGCACCUGUGGUGCUAUUCUCACAGCAUUCCCCUUUUGUCUGUCGUCUCACCACCUGGUGCUAUGUCCUUAUCCUUUUUGCGUGCGCACGCCCACACAGUCUAGGCCUGAGACGGUUGUACAGGCCGUGUUCACAGAUUCACUUCGGCAUCACUCUGGGCCAUUUGUAUAUUCAGAGCAUUUUUCUGGUGGAGCUUUGCACUUGGGACUGUCCGAGUGCUUUAUGGUUGAUGUGUAAGAUUGAUUGGAAGUUGUGACCGACAUCAGUUUAGCCCCCGAAUUAAUGUUCUAGGCUAGCUUAACUGCUUCUUCCAGAUACCAUUAAGAUAACACCUGAACAUUUGAUUCACCCUGUUUUCAUGUUAUCAAUGUGGUUAGUAACUUACUGUCAGCGAUGCUGGUUUUUACUUAAUUUGCUGUCCAUAAGUAUUUAGACAGUCCAAUUUCUUUGUUUUGUCUCUGUACUCUAGCACAUUGGAUUUUACAUGAAACAAUGACUAAGAGGGUAAAGUACUUUGUGUUGCAAUUUGAGGGUAUGUACAUCCAUAAACUGUGAACUUAGGAAUUACCGCUCUUUUUGACAUAGUCCCCUGGUUUUAGGGGACCAAAAGUAAUUGGACAAAUUAACAAUCGAAAAUAAAGUUGUGAUAUUUAGUACUUGCUGAAUGCCUGAAGUCCGACAUCACCAGACACUGGGUGUGAACAUUCCACUGCUUGGCCCACUUGCUUUAGCAGUAUGUUCGGGGCCAUGGAGCUGCUCCAGGCCGAUGUGCCAUCCAAAGAGUUUUAAGGCAUUUGGUUGUAUCUGAGCAUAGUUACUGUACACUUAGCUGAUGGCAGCAAUAGGAUGAAUUACUUUUAUUUCAUUAAUGACGAAAGGUAAGCCAGUUCCACAGGCAGACAAAAAAAUCCCAAAACAUAACACCCCUUCACUAUGUUUGACAGAAGUUUGUAUGCCAUUUGCUUUUUAUUUCUCCAGACUUCCCUCUUGCCAUCCCUGGUACAUUGUAAUAUUUGUCUCAUCUAUUCACAAUAUCCUUUUCCAGAACUCUUCCAGCUAAUUUUGUUAAUGUUUAGGCCAUCCUGCUUUUGUGGCUCAAUAGUGUUCUUGCACCUUGCCAUGCAGCCUCUAGUUCAGCUGGUCAAGUUUUUGCGAAUGACAGUGGAUGACAAAUCCACACUUACUUCCUGGGAAGUGUUCCCGAUCUGUCUGACACUUCUUUGUCUUGUCUUCAUUAUGGUGAUGAAUCUUUGGCCUUUGUCUACCAGGUCAUUUUCCAUUGCUGAGCUAACCAGUGCUUGCUUAUUUUUUUUUUCUUUACUGUUUUGUACCAAACGGUUUAUUGGUGCACCUGAUGUUUUCCUGAUGUCUUUGAUAUAGUAAUUGUGCUUUAUCUGCUCCAUGAUAGCCAUCUUGACUUGGACUGACACAUUUGGUCCUUGUGUUGUCAGACAGCAAAAACCGACUGCAAAUGUAAAGCCGAGAAUCAAUACUACUCAUUGACUGCUCUUGUGUGCAUACACCUAAUUAUGCAAACUAACAUACCUGCCUAAUAAGAAGAAAGUCCCCCCUAAUUUAUGGCAAUCUACAAUAUAUGCUGUUACUUCUAAACGGGUCAUCUGAUAUGGAUGGAAAUACCCCCAAAUUAAAGUGGAGUCUGUACUUUAAAAUUAUUGUCAUUGUAUCAUUUAAUAUCCAAAGUGCUUGUGUGCAGAACAAAACUCAUUUCACUGUCCUAGCUCUUAUGGACGUGUUUAUACACAGCAAACCUAGUUUAUAGAAUUUCACAUGUUUUCAUUAAAAUGCACCCUAACACUGAUACUUAAAUUGCACAAGCAUAGAAAUCCAUCCAUUCUAUUUAAUUGGGCUUCACUCUCUAAAAACAUGUCUCUGGUCUAGGACGGUUUAAUACCCUGUCCUGCUCAGGACUAGGGACCAUGCACCUCAUCAGCUACUAACGCCUGAUCAUUUCACCGUAACCCCUGAUUUCUCCUUACCCACUGAUCAUUUCUCCUUACCCACUGAUCAUUUCUUCUGUGAAUGAAAUGAUAGACCACAUUAGCUUUUGCCUAAGCUUUGAAACAAGAAGCUGUUCGUUUCAACACUGGAUAACUUCUAUAUACUCUGACAACAUGCCUGGUGCUGCCACAGUAGGUUAGUAGGCUGAGAGUGCAACAAUUUGAAUGACGUUGAUGUCGUGCUUGUCAAGUCAAAGUAUCUUUUGUGAUUAUUAACAAGACAGUAUCUGGAGAUGAAAAAUUAGGCCUUUUGUCUCAUUCACUUUAGCCCUGUAGGCUAAGCUGUGUUAACAGCUGUGAAUUUCAGAAGGACUGAUGUAAUUGGGUAACAGGCUUUAGUUACAGAGAGAAUUUGUAAUCACUACUUAUAGAGCCAGUUAAAGUGCUAGGGACCCACAACGCAAUGUGCAUUUUUCACUAAGCUUCUUCGUUUUGCUUUUAUAUCCCUACCGAAACACUGAUACAAUGGAAAUGCAGGUGUUAUUUUGGGGCUCUUAUGUUUUUUGGGUUGUAUUCAGUCUUGUCUCUGGAAUCAUACCUCACUGAGUUCACAUGGGACGGGAAGAAAGCGGUCUGUAGACCUACACGUCACCUUCCUUUUGUGCAACCUGUGCUACCUGCAGAUACCUUCACUCACACUGCGAAAUGCAUGAAUAACAAACUACUGGGCAGUUUUUCACACACCAUUUAAUUUGACUUUGUAUUUCAUUUUUGAAUGAUAUUUUACUGUGAAUGGGAGACAUUCUCGGACUGUAUAAUUGUGUAUAAUUUAGAUUAUAUUUAUGCUGUCAAAUUCCUCCCUUUGUAAAGUUUUUUUUUUUUUUUUAUCUCCUGAACCAUUAGUUUAGAAUGCAAUAGGUUUAAGUGUCUGUACUUGACUCACAGUCUGAAAACAAUGGUGCUACAAUCUGUAAAGAAGAAAAAAAUUGGACUGUGCCUGAUUUUAUUUAUACAAUAUUUAGAACAUCUAUAACUGUGUAUUAGGUGCUUCUUAUACACAGGAACGUUUUAAAUGUCAUUGUUUGGCAUUCUUGUAUUUAAAUGUAACUAUCAGAUUGAAUUGUUUUAAGCCUAGUGUACAACUGUAGACACUGCUCAAUUUGCAACCAAUAUCUGUCUCAGAGUUAAGAAAACCAUUAACACUCAUGUGUUUUCACACUAUUUUGGCAUACUGUGGAACAGCCUUUUGCUUUGGGAAACUUGCAAGUUGUUCAGGACUAUUUGUAAAUGCAUGUGAUACACUGUGUUUUGUACACAUUAGUUUAUGUUAAGGGUGAAUAGAUGCAUAAGAAACUCCUAGAUUGACUUUAGGGGUAUUAUAUUAUUUGUCGUGGGACACAAAUGUGUGACUCACUUCUACAGCCUGUCAGACAGGUUGUUUCUGGACCCAAGAGGGAGACGGCGAAACAGUGGGGUUCUUAACCCGGGGUCCAACUAUGUAUGGAGUGAAACACCCUGACUGUUCAGUGUCAUUGAGGGUUAUGUCAGUCACAUGGCACAGUCUUCUCUGACAUACUGUUCUUAUGGAGAUACUCGCUUGAUAAUGCUUCUUCUAUUAUGUGCAUGACAGAUUCAGACAGACAGUAGACACAAUUUGGAUUGUCAGGUGUAGUUCAUGCUUUUAAAAUCAAAACUACUCUCUGAAACAUCAUGCCUUUCAGUCAUUGUGUAAAAAAAAAAAAAAAA